AUGACCAAGCUUAACAUGAUCAAUAUCACCAACUGCCCCAUUUCGGAAUUAGAACAACACGUGUUUGAAAAUGUUAUUAAUUUGGAGAAGCUUGCACUGGCCGGGAACUUCAUAGAAAAAUUGUCCAACGAAACCUUCCACAAACUAUCCAACGUGAAGUAUUUAUACCUGCAGCACAACUUGAUCAAGGACCUUCCGGAAGGUGUCCUUUGUGACAUGCCAUCCCUUGAUUAUCUGGUCCUGUGGAAUUGCACAAAAUCUUCCGAUUACUCUUACUUCGAAAUGGAUGAAAAUGGAAAAAAGUGUAAUUUUCCCAAUCUACAAUCCCUUCACCUGAUGGGCAAUAAAUUAAAUUAUAUUCCGCGGAGGCUACCUCUUUUCGGACCCAAUUUAACCACCCUGGACAUCUCCCAUAACAAACUGGAAUACGAUUCUUUAGAACUCUUAUUCGAUUUGGAUACCCCCAAGGAGGAAGAGGGUAACUUUCCGAAUAUCAGGUUCCUCGCUAUGGGCCAUAAUUUACUGAAAAAGCUUCCACGAAUGUGCCCUCUUUUUGGACCCAAUCUUACCAUCCUGGACCUCUCACAUAAUUUACUGGAGAGCGUAUCGAUGGAAUCCUUUGACAAAGCUCAAAAUCUUGAAAGCCUUUACCUGCAUGGCAAUAGGCUGACCAGUUUUGACUAUUUAUAUGUUUGUGACGGGCUGAAAAACUUAAAAUGGGUGGUCCUCCAAAACAAUCUCUUUAAUGCCACUUUUUACGGCAACAUGAGUAAGUUCCUUGACGACAAUAAACAGCGCUUAAUUGAGAUGAAUAAGAGGAUAUUGAUAUAA